AUGGACUACCAAAGUCAAAAAGGGAAAAUCAUCAUUUUGGUAGUGGUAGAUAGGUUCACCAAAUAUGGGCAUUUCAUCGCUAUCAGUCACCCUUAUACUGCCACCUCUAUAGCUCAAGUCUUUUUGGAUAAUAUCUUCAAGCUCCAUGGCAUGCCGGAGAAUAUUGUCAAUAGCCAGCAAGAUUGGGCAUUGUACCUUCCAUUGGCUGAAUGGUGGUACAAUUUCACCUUUCAUUCUGCAAUCCAAACAACACCCUACGAAGCUUUGUAUGGGCAGCCUACUCCCAUCCAUCUGCCCUAUUUGGCUGGAGAAGCUACAUAUGAGGAGAUAGACAAGAGCUUGAUCAGGGAGUUCAAGACUCAAUUGCUCAGAACCUCAGGAGAUAUUGGAAAGAAGAAUGAUCAAAAAGGGGAACAAGGUUGUUGCUCAAUUGCUAAGGAGCAGGCCACAUGGGAAGAUUAUCAUGUGCUGAAGACCACGUUUCCAACUUUCUUCCUUGAGGACAAGGAAGGUUUCAAGAGGGGAGAAAUGAUGCAGAAUCAAGCUGAGAAUUAA